AUGAGCAGGCUGAUGCGCCAAUCUCGCUAUCUGCUCGAUCGAGAUCUUAAAGACAAAUUUGCUGCACAAUCAAUUGAUGAACAUGUUAUUGAUUUAAGUUCAACAAAUCCUUCACUUUAUCUUAAGGAAGGUGUUACAUGUAUUGAACAUCGGUAUGUUACAAUUCAUUUUGAAGCUUAUGACAUGGAAAAAGAAGAAUAUACAGAUGAAAAUAUAAAAAAUGCUGAAAAACAAAGACUUAAUGCUGUUCAAUUACGUAAUAUAAUUGAUGAAGCAAAACAAAAACUCGAAGAUCAAUUACGUGAUGUUAAUUUAUUGAUUGAUCAGCUUGAAGAAAGUAUCAAAAAUACCGAAAAAGCUAUACGUGAUAAAGAACAAUACUUAAAAUUAGCUCAUACACGUCUUGACAUUCGUCAUAAACGGUCUAAUAUUGAACUUGUUUAUGAUCCACUACAAAAACUUCAAGAACGGCUGGAUGAAUCGCAUGUUCGUUUACGCAAUUUAGAGCAUGAUAAAUUAAUAUUAGAAAAAGAUAUUGAAACGAAAACAAAUAUAAUAUUUGUUGAUGAAGUUGAAUAUCAUGAAGGCUUAAGAAAAUCAAUUUUAAUUGAAGAUUGGUAA